AGUGGCGAGGCCUGUCAAUUCCAUGUGCACUGCAGCUGCAGGGUUAGCCAAGUGGUAAAUUAUAAACAAUGGGGUGUGAGUGAGAGGCCACGUUGUUAGUCAGUGGAUGAUUACUACACAAAGCAGGACUGUGAUGUUUGGUUUAGACAGAUGGGUUCUAUGAUGUUGCCUCGUUGCCUGUGGAGACCGGUCCUGAGCAGUUAUAGGGCACUGGGGUCACCUUCUCGAUCACUUACCGUACUCUGUAAUAGAAACUUCUCUUAUCUGGCGCCUUUUCUCCAUAAACGGACCCUUGUUGCGCCAACAAGCCGCUCCCUUCUCUGUGCUGAGCGGCCCAUAAACACGGGCUGUGCCUCGCUACAGGUGAAGGACAAGCGAGUGUCUGUGCAAAACAGACGUGAUGGGGCACCUCCGCAAACCGCUUCUCAUAAAGUAAGAGAAGCCGGCAGAGACUUCACAUAUUUUAUUGUGGUACUGAUUGGAAUCGGCGUUACAGGUGGACUUUUCUAUGUUGUUUUUGAAGAACUUUUUUCUUCUUCAAGUCCAAGUAAGAUAUAUGGAGAGGCUCUUGAAAAGUGCAGAUCUCAUCCAGAGGUUAUUGGCGCAUUUGGUGAACCCAUCAAAGGUUAUGGAGAGACCACAAGACGCGGUAGAAGACAGCAUGUCAGUCACAUGGAGUUUGUAAAAGAUGGAAUAAAGUGCAUGAGGCUAAAGUUCUACAUAGAAGGCUCAGAACCAAGAAAGCAAGGAACCGUGCACACAGAAGUGAAAGAGAACCCAGCAAGUGGAAAAUAUGAAUUUCAGUACAUCUUUGUUGAAAUUGACACUUACCCACGGAGAAAAAUCAUCAUAGAAGAUAACAGAUACCAAAGUUAAGAAGACCAACUUUGCUACCACUGUUUAUAAAAGGUGCUUUACAACAUAUAGUUUCCCAGAAUAUUAUAAUGUAUUGCUGUAGGCAGGAACUUCUGUUCUAAUGACUGUGACUAACUGAAUCAUGGGUUAUUUUUAUUGUGAAAAUAAAUGAAUCAUUUAAUAUAA